CAAUUUUGAUGAAGCAUCAGCGCAUCAGCAUCGGAAAACAAAGUUUGAUUGAGUAUCUUAUGGAGCUCUGUCAUGCUGUGUUACAUUUCUCAAGUCGUGUACUUUGCAGCGGUGCGUUAGCGUUCAAUUAUCCUUUCAGAGCUGGUCCGUUCCACCAAGGUCAUGAUUUCUAUGCUCCCAACUUCUGUCGCCCUACUCGCCGUUUGCGCUUUCUUACUAGUACUAUGGCCUUUUCGAGCUAGACUGAAGGGCUCGUUUAAUCAAAGUCCUUUACCCCCUGGGCCACCGCGCAGGUUCUUAGUUGGCAACUUGCUCGACAUCCCUCGCUUCCGUGCAUGGCACAAAUUUCUCCAGUGGAAGGAUCAAUAUGGGGACGUGGUGUAUGCUGAGGCACUAGGCAAUUCCAUCCUUAUCCUGAACACGAUUGAAUCUGUGACGGAUUUGUUGGUCAAGGAGCCUACUGUGUAUUCAGAUCGCCCAACCUUCACGAUGGUUGGCGAGCUGAUGGGUUUGGAUAAGAGUAUGCCAAUGCUACAAUAUGGGACGACAUGGAGAGCACACAGAAAAUUAUCCCGUAUGGCAUUGAGCCCAGAUGCAGUGAAGAAAUACCACAGGGUCCAGGAAGACAUCAUUGCCAUGUAUGUUGACAGUUUACUUGAGCAUCCCAUGGACUUCGCAUCACAGCUGCGUCUAACCGCGGGCCGAAUAAUCAUGACUGUUUCAUACGGAUUGCCGGUACAAACGCCAGAUGAUCUUUACAUCACUGAUGCGGAAGAGACUAUGGAGAUGAUAGGAAAGGCAACAGUCCCUGGGGCUUUUUUGGUUGAUCUUAUUCCUCUAUUGAAAUACCUUCCAUCUUGGAUCCCAUUCAAUAAUAUUCACUCAACAGGGUCAUUUGGGCGUCAACGAAUUGAACAACUGAUUUCGCGACCGUUUGAGCAUGUGCUUCAGGAAAGGGCCAAAGGUUCCGCCCAACCGUCUUUUGUAUCCGACUGUCUCGAGAAAAACCGGUCAAACGACAAUGCAGAAUCCAAGGUUUCACUAGAUCUUAUUCGCUGGGCAGGUGGUGCAUUAUAUGGCGGUAUGUGUGCUCCUACGUAUGCGACUAUCCUGACGUUUAUCCUGGCUAUGACGCUGUACCCUGAGGUUCAAAUCAAAAUCAGGCGUGAAUUAUCAGACAUUGUUGGGCUUCAUCAGCUGCCAUCCCUUCAAGAUCGUGACCGUCUACCAUAUGUCAGUGCUACUGUGAAAGAGGCGAUGCGAUGGAGUCCAGCCCUCCCUCUCGAACAUCAUUAUCGAGGAUAUUAUAUUCCAAAGGGUGCAAUUGUGUUACCAAAUGUCUGGGCCAUAUCGAAAGACGACAAAAGUGGCAUUCCUAGUGAAAUAUUUGCGCCUGAACGAUUCUUGCAGAAUUGCGUAAAGGAAACAGCAACUGAUCCCUACCUGUACGCGUUUGGUUUCGGAAGACGGGAAUGCCCUGGCAAAUCUUUGGGCGACAACAACCUUUUUCUUUUAGUUUCGUACAUAUCUGCUACGGUCGAAAUCUCGAGUCCAAAAGUUGCGUUGGGUCAUGGCAUUCCGCCAAAGCCAAAUUUCUCAGCCGGCUUGGUUAGCUUCCCUGAACCAUUCUCUGCUACAUUUUCUCCAGUGUCCAACCAGGCGGUUAUGUUGAUCAAGGAGAAAGUGGUUCCACUUCAAUCAGCAGAUUAUAUUACUCAGUGACAUACCAUAACAACAUUCCCCGACUCUACGAAGUAGGGAGGAUUUUGUAGCAUCUGAAAAAUCAGGCACCUGUAUCUUGAUUUCACACAAUGUGAACUUUAG